GGGUUUGUUGAUUUGGUGACUGUUUUCGCCGUCUUUGCUAUCAAAAUUCAAUCUUGACCUGUCUCUUUUAUGCUUUUUGAAUAGGACUGAAUGAUCUAAUGGAGUCCAAAGGUGGCAAGAAGAAGUCUAGUAGUAGUAGUAAAUCUUUAUUUUACGAAGCUCCCCUCGGUUACAGCAUUGAAGACCUAAGACCUGCUGGUGGAAUCAAAAAGUUCAGAUCUGCUGCAUACUCCAACUGCGUUCGGAAACCAUCCUGAGAUUUUCCAAGUGUUGACAUAACCCCAUUUUAGCUAUUUCGCACACUCAAUUGUCUUUAGUCUGUUUUUCUGUUCUGCUUUCCUCGUUCUCUUGUACUCUUUGCUGCACUUUUCAUUUGUUGACUCUGAGGUCAGAUGGCGCUGCCAAUCUCUGCAAUCGGAUUUGAAGGUUACGAAAAAAGGCUUGAAAUAUCUUUCCUAGAGCCUGGCUUUUUUUCGGACCCUGAAGGGAAGGGCCUGAGGUCUUUGUCCAAGGCUCAAUUGGACGAAAUUCUCAGACCAGCUGAAUGUACUAUUGUUGAUUUGCUAUCAAAUGACCAGGUUGAUUCUUAUGUCC